UAGGUAUCAUUUUUAUUUGAGAUUUAGUCCAUUGCGAGAAAUCAUUUUUAAUCGCAAUUUCCGUUUAGGAGCAUUUCUCACGGGCAUCCCUGCUUCUUCUGCAGUGGAUUUCAGUCACAGUUUGAACAUGUCGGGACAUGCCCGUGUGUCCCCGCGCGCAGCCCACUGUUGCGCACUGGGCAAAUGUGUGCCAGUCAACAACUUCAGCAACUUAAAACACAAGCUAAACUGGACCGAAUUUACCCAAAGCCACAGGAGACGGUAACUCCAAUGGGACAGAUAAUUAAGUGACUACUGCGCGUUGUUGCCCCUGCAAUAUAUGAAAUGGAUUGCUCAACAGACGAGUAUUAUCACAGUGGACAAUGUCACAAGUGCCCAAAGUGUUCACCCGGCCAAGAACUGAAAGAGGACUGUGGUUAUGGUGUAGGUGUGUUGGCAGAAUGUGGCAUGUGUGACUUUAGGUGGUUUAAGGAAGACUGGGGUUCUCACCCUUGCACACUGUGCCAGAACUGCCGUAGACUUAACAGACACCAAAUCAAGCACUGCACACACACCGACAACGCAGUCUGCGGAAACUGCCUCCCUGGAUUCUACAGCAAAAUGCGAUUGGACGGAUUAGAAGAUUUGGAAUGCCUUCCUUGUGGCCCCGCCCCUUUCAGAAAUAUACUGUGUAGCCGAGGAGAAGGGAUUGGUGUGGCAAAAGUCCAAACCUCAGCACCUCCAAUUCAAAAUGCUUCUUCCAUAGUGACCGCUUGUGCAGCAACAGCUGUAUUAACAACUGUCCUGUUUGCCAUUCUGUGUGUCACCUACCAGACACGGUCUUCACUCAGGAAAACAUGCAGACGUUGUUUAUCACCAGUCAGCAACAGUCAUCACGACAGUGAUGCUGCCUCGGUUCCCAUGCCAAUCCUACACACAGUGAUGCAGAACACAGAAGUGGACAGAUCAAAUCCUUGCCUGCCAUUGAAGGACCCCUGCAUGCUUGAUGACAUCACCACCACGAUAACCUCUGAUCUUGGCCUGCAUGAGUGUGAGUUUCUUCCUCUGGUGCGAAGCUCAGCCUGCACUGAUCCAGCAACGAGAGUCAUCAUGCAAGCAACAGAAACACAUGAUGUUUCUUCUUUAGACUCUGCCCUCUACAGCCAGCAUGUCAUUCUCACUCUGUCAGGAGGACAGUCUACAGUGAGACCCUGUUGUGCCGUAGAGCAGCAGACAGCCUGGGGGCUUCAUGCUCCAGUAGAGUGUACUGAACUGGACCUUCAGCACCUCUCCAUCGCCUCAGAGAUCCAGACAUUUAGAACUUCAGACUUCAUAGCCAGAAAUAUAUCAGAAUGUAUGGGCUCAGACUCCACUCUGCCAUCAGGGCUGAUGCUGCGAGACCUGGAGAGAGAAAGAAGAGAAGGCGGAAAAGGAGAUUGUUAAUGUGAAGAGAGAUCACAUCUGUGAAUCUAUGAUCACAGUCACGAUCAAAGAAUCUGGGGAAAAAAAUAAACAUUCAACAUUGAUAAUAAUACAUUUUUCUUGAGCACCAAGUCAGCAUAUUUGAAUGAUUUCUGAAGGAUCAUGUGACAAUGAAGACUGGAGUAAUGAUGCUGAAAAUCCAGCUAUACCAUCACAGAAAUAAAUUAUAUUUAAAAAUAUAUUAAAAUAGAAACGGUUAUUUUUAAAUUGUAAAAUUUUCUCACAAUAUUACUAUUUUGAUCAAAUAUAUUCAGUCUUGGUGAGCAUAAGAGACUUCUUUCGAAAACAUUUCAGAAAUCGCCCCGACCCCAAACUUGAAUGGUGUAUUUCUUUAAAUUUUGUACCUUUAAAAAAAUAUCUCUGUUCAAUAAAAGCUCACUCCUGCUGUCUUCAGUAAAAGUCCAGGAAAUGGAUCAUUACCUCCUGAAGCUGAAAACUACUGACACUGGUACUGCACCUCAAUGAUGCGGGUCAUGUUCUGCUUUGGUCAUAACAUGUUAACUGCUUCAUGUGUGCAGUUAACUACACCAGACCUGCUAUAAAAGUCUUCAUAAA